CGGCACUUUAGAAUAUCAUUAACAGCAUCUCGAUAGCAAUGGCAGAAGCCGGGGAUAAAUCAAUUUGUUAUGAUAUCUUACAAUUUCAAGAAACCCUCAGAAGGAUGAGGACGUUGGACGAUAAGAUCAUUUACACUUUCAAUACAUCAAUGCCAACAGACUCUUUUAAAGGGCAGUUCAAUGCAUCAGCUACUUGCAAGCAUUUACACGAUGAGUUACAGAGUAAUUAUACCAGUAGGGAGCAAAAAAUCAAGCAGUGCAUUGACGUGUUGGCCAGCGAGGUUCGUUCGCUUAAACAGGAAAAAGACUCGCGUCCCGACAAUAUUCAAUUGCUCAAACACUUAAGGAGGGAACAGACUUCCCUUCGCCUUCUACAAACCGAACUCGGAGUGGAGGAAGUCAUCAAAGAAAGAACAAUGAAGGUCUUUCACGAACAUUGCCGCAAUUAUUAUAAGCUUCCCGAUGCCUCAUCAUAGUUUAAGAAGACAUUAUAAAAUCAGUUAGUCCAAAAAUAAAAUUUUUUUUCGUAAAACAAUGCGAUCAUAAUUUA